AUGUCGCGGGUUGAAGAACUUCCAGAUGACUUCGACGAGGCACUUGAUCUCAACAAGGCUCCCCCCGAGAUCGCUCAAAACCUUCCUCAGCCAGGCUUCGAUCUUUUCGCUCCUGGCAACGAUGUUCCCUUCCCGAUCAACGAGGAGGGACUGAAGGCGCGCCAGACUGAUCCAAAUGCGCCUGAACUGCCCCCGGCGAUUGCGGCCAUUCAGUCGCAUAGCAGUGAAGAGUUGAUGGCAAUGAUGAACAAAACUCCUCUGUUCAUGACUGACAUUGAGAACGCAGGUGACGAGAAGGGUGAGAACGUCCUUCUCGAUGCACUCCAGGCUCUACAAAACGAAGGUACCAGGGCCGAGGUUGCGCAAACCUUCAAAGGACAAGGAAACGAGGCUGUGCAAGAGCUCAAGUGGAUUGACGCCAAAGAAUUCUACACAAAGGCCAUCGCUGUGAUCAACGCCAAGGAAGAUAAGUGGCAGCAGCCGGAAGAUCCCGAGGAAGAGGCAGCGCUGCUGGUCAAGUUGACAGAAGCCUCGCACAUCAAUCGCGCACUGUGCAAUUUGGAACUAGGAAACUAUCGUGCUUGUAAUCUUGACUGUGCGGCUACCCUCAAGAUCAACCCCAAGAACAUCAAGGCCUACUAUCGCUCUUCAUUGGCACUAUUUAAGCUGGACAAGCUUGCCGACGCUGAGGAUUCCGCAGCUCGUGGACUGGCAAUUGACCCAGAGAGCAAGGCUCUUAAAGAUUCGGCUGAGAAGAUUGCCGAACGAAAAUCCCUAUUGGAACGUGCCGCUGCCAGGAAAAGGGCCGAAGAAGAGCUGGUGCGUAAGCAGAACACAAUGCUUAGCACAGCCUUGCGUGCCCGUCAGAUCAGAACCCGCAAGACUGAUCAGCCCCCUGACAUGGAAGACGCUAAGAUUCGCCUCGUUCCUGAUCCUCUUUCGCCUGAAAGCACGAUUGAAUUCCCGGUUGUUUUCCUCUACCCCAUGGAAGCGGAAUCGGACUUCAUCAAGUCUUUCUCAGAGAUGAAUACCAUCUCGGAUCACCUGGAAUACAUCUUUCCCCUUCCCUGGGAUACUAACAAGGAAUACACCCUCGGCAACGUCGAGUGCUUCAUGCAGACUACCACUGGUGGUUUGAUCAAGGCGGGUAAGAGCCUGCCUUUGCUGCAGAUUCUCACUGGUGGAAAGGUCGAGGUAAUCGAUCAACUUGUUAGCAUCUUUGUUGUCCCUAUCUCCAAGACCGGCAAAUUCAUUGCCGAAAUGAAGGCUCGCAAGACAGGUUGA